UUGGUCGCAGGGACUGGACGAGCCGAAGGGGGCGCUGCGGGGCUGCCCUGCGAGGAGUGGUACGUCCCGUGGUCCCCCUCCUCCUCCCGGACGCAGUGGUAGAGCCGCAGAGGAGGGUAGCGAAGGGUCUGGUGCCGAAGCCCAGAGUAAAGUUGGCAGUUACUUAAGGAAUCAAAGAUGGCAUUCUACUUAGCACAAGAAGUUCAGCUUGCUAGAAGACAUGACAAGAUACUGUCUCAGAGAUUGAUAUUGCUACAGCAGAUGGAGAAUCAUCUAGGAGACAAAAAGACUGAAAAGACAUCACAAACACAAGCAGCUGAUGCAGCUUAUAAAAGAAAUGCAGCACUUUUAAAUGAUAUAGAAGCAGCAGAGAAGAGGCUGCAAGCAAGAGUACAUCUACAGCCACAUCCUGAUAUUGCUAAGCUUGAAACUCUCUAUUGGGCAUCAGUAGAAGAAUCUAUUCCUAAGUGGGAGCAGUUCCUUUUAGGAAGAGCACAAAUGCCUGUUGGUUUUAAGAAAAAGAAAUCUACAAAGUAUAACAUAAGUCACCCAGAAGGAGCUGCACAAAGAUAAAGAGAAAACAAAACAGACUACCAUUUGACUUCAGUGGGCAAAAUAAUCCCAUCCAGACAACAGUGUGUCAGGCCACUAAUUUUCAAUUUCAGUGUAUGUAUAUGAAAAUUAAUCAUGUUUGAUGGGUUUUUUCCAGUUGUAUCUGUGUGGAAGAGUUCAGCUAAACUAUAGUCUGCCAGCUCAAGGAGGCUCAGGAUAACAUUUCUCCUGGUGGGAGGAACAAUCCUUUUUUUAAAAUGACUUUAUAAGAUCAGAAAUUAAAGACAUUGGUAUAUGGAAGCCCACCAGUACAAUUGCCUCUUUAAGAUGACAAGAGUUUUAGGUUACAUAUAAUCCUUCUCUUUUGUAUUUUUAAGAAUGUUGUAUAUAAAUCUACCUUUUAUUUUCUUGAACCUCCUUGGCCACAGGAGGGAUUUACUCUGGGAAGAGCAGGCAAUUUACAUCAGGUUAUGGGGGAAGCUUUAGUUUAUGGCUGGGAUCCUUUAUAUAAGCGCAGUGGUAAAGGGCACAUAUUUAGUUUGUAUGUCCCCUGUUUUCCCUGAUCAUGUCAGUGACACUGAUUUUUUUUUGAGGGGUGGGGAAGAGGCUGUGUUGGUCUCAUCCAUAAGCAAUUGCAAUUUCUGUUCCAUUAACCACUGCUGCACCCUCUUUCCCUGGCUCACUUCCCAUAUUAGGUUCUGUGCCUGGUUUGCAAAAGCUGAUGCCAAUGUGAAUUUGGGUUGAAUCCAGCCAUGAAGUUCAUUUUACAGACAUUGAAGUAACAAACAUCAGUAUUAUAUUUUGGCCAUGUUUCCUUUGUAGUUUUAAGCCAUUGCUUUGUGUUGCUUUCAUUUUGUUAAUGUAAUCCGGAGACACAACUUAUGGAUAAGGCCAAGGGAGGUGGGGGCGAACCAGACAGGAAGCCAGCCCAGCUGAGCGCCCAAAGAUCACAGAUACUGGAAUAAGAAGGUGAAGAGCUUGCUUUCUAUCGCAGAUCAAGGACGGUUACUCAGCCUCUGGCUACAAGCAUGGAAGGCCAGCCAGUGUUUUUUUUGCACAUUGUUAAUUAUUUGUAUUCUCUAAGUGCCUAGGAGCCUUUGUCAUGGACCAGAACCCUACUGUGCUAGGUGCUGUACAAACAGAACAAAAAGACAGUCCCUGCCCCAGAUAGCUUACAGUCUGAGGCCAACCCCUUGGUAAAUUAGUGUGCCUGGGAGCCACCGUCCAUUGCUUUCUAGAGUUUGCAUAUAUUGAACACCUAAUUUAGAGAGAAAUCCUUUCAAGUAAAUGACUUAGAGGUCUUUGUGCUUUUUCACUCUUCCAUAGCAAGGAAGGAUGGUGGACUUUGGGGUGGAGGGGAGUGGAUUCUUCCAGAUUUGGGACUCAAGUCAAGAAGAUCAAUAGAAACCAAUUUCAAUGAAGGGUGGUUACUAUUUCCAUAGUGCAAGAAGAAUUCAUGUACAUGGUUAUAUGAAAUUGGGCUAUGCAAACCACUCCAGUCAGCUAUAGGCUAACCAAAUUAAUUACCAGGAACAAUUAGGAAUGAUGAGGCCUCACUCCCUUAUUUGCUGUUAGGGGGUUUGUCCUGUGUCUGUAUCUGGCGGUAACCUUGUCGCUAUAUCUGAUUUUUGUGUUAUGGAUGGAUGAUCUAACAGCACCUUUCUUAUACUCCCUGACCAACCUCUACACAAGUAUCACAGCUCUUUACACUGCUCCAUAAGGAAGGUUCAACUUCCGAAUUGUGCACCUAGAGCAUUAUGUGAAUUUAAUUAAUCAAAUAGGAUUUAAUUAUCCAGUGCUGACUAACUCUUAGUGAGGAAUUCAUUGACCCUCAGAAUAGGGAGCAGCCUCUCCAGCUGGAGACCACAGGAAGUCUGAACAGUUUGCAAGCACCUGCAGAAGCUAUUUUCCGCUAGAUCAGGCCCUUAGUUUGCUGAAGUUAAAUCACUCAAAGAUGCACCAAAAAAAAGAAAAAAUCCCCCCCAGCUGCACUUUAAAAUGAUUUUACAUGUUCAAAGUUUAUAUGAAACUUUUUCUAUUUAAGUGUCCAUUAAACUGAUACGUUUUUACAGAAACUGCCAUGUUAGAAAUAUCCUGUUGAGUGGGUGUUGGUGUUUGUAACAAUAACGUUGUUUUCAUAAUAUGUGAUGGCAGAUUAGCACGCUUCUCUGCAGUGUUGUUAACAGUUGUAAUUAAGGAAUAAAUAGUAAAGGGUGUCAGUCCGAUGACAAUUCCAUCUAUAGUGUCACAAUACAAAAUGUCACAAAAUAUUAGAACUGUUAUAUAACUACAAAAAUAUCAAAUUAGGCUUUCAUCUUUGAAGCAGAAAGCUUAAAAAAAACUAGCAUAGAGACUGUUGCAAUUUUAUUCCUACUCAUUGUUCUGUCACAAAGACAAAUUGGUAAUAUUUUGUUCUAUAAGCUUAUAAAGUGAUUCUCAGCCAUACUGUUGAUUUAACAGUAGUGUGCGCAGAUUUUUAGUUCUGGAGCUCUGAAAUUAUAAAUCCAGCCAGAUGCAGGAGUGAUAGAAAAGGAACAAUUUUUAUACUUCAAAGGGGAGCUUUUUGAAAGGCACAAAGGAAGUUGGGUUCCCAAAGAGGAAGGAUGAGUCAGUGGUUAGCUCACUAGCAAGAGACCUGGAUUCAAUUCCCUGCUCUGCCACAGACUUUCAGGGCAACAUCCACAAAGGCAUUUAGAUAACUAAUUGCAUGUGCCCAACUUGAAAAUUGAGAUCCUUAAAACUUGUGGUCAGCUGCUGCCCCACCCAGGAGGUGCCUAAAUUCCUUGGGCGCUGAAGUUCCAUUUGGUCCUCAGGCACAAAUCUACCUUAAGUCCUGAUGCCACCAAGCUGUUCAGCAAGCUCAUGCAUAAGAUCCAGCAGGAUUCACAAAGUAAGCCUUUCCCCUGCCUAUCUUGCCUACAAGGCCCAAGCUGAUAGGAAUUCCCAGAGUAUGUCUACUCAGCAACUAGACAUCCAUGUCUGGCCUGUGCCAGCCGACGUGGGUUUGUGGGGCUCAGGCAGCAGGGCUGUUCCACUGCUGGACUCAGGAUGGAGCCUGGACUCAAGACCAUGCAAAGUGGGAGGGUCUCCAGAGGCUACAUAGCAGUUAAACAGCCCUGCAGUCUGAACCCCAUGAGUCCAAGUCACCUGGCACCAGCUACCUGUAGGUUUUGCUGUGUACACGUACCCUCAGAGGCCCUCUUAGAAGCUCCCAAUGAAAAAGAAUGGAAUUUAAGUUCCUACCUCCCAUUUGUACUUUUGAACAUCUCUCCCUGAGAUUUGAAAAUAAUGAAGGAAUAUUCAACCACAGUGAAAUUUAUUUCUGUUUCAAUUAAUCUGAAAAUGACAACUAAACACAUGAUGAAAUUGUGAAAUGUUGAUUCAGGGAAAAUAUCACGUUCCCAGACUUAAGGUGUCUGACUUUGGUAGUGAACAGCUCCAGAUAUUUUAACAUCCAUUUCUUUUAGUUAAUUUCAAUCAAUUAAACCAUACUAGGUCUUUUGGAUUGUAAUUCAGUAAGGAUUUUAUAGUGUGCAGAAUGUUGAAGCUUAAAUUGAAAACAAUACUGAUGAUGCUAAACUUAUCCUCCCUUCAGAGACUUAGGAAAUUGAAAUUCCAUAUUGUUCAAAGUGUAUGGCCUUGGAAGCAGCAGAAGUACAGCUACUCUAGUGCAUAAGGAAAUAUAUCUAGCCAAUGUAGGAAAAUACAUAAGAACGGACAUACUGGGUCAGAUCAACGGUUCAUCUAAACCAGCAUCCUGUCCUCUGACAGUGACCAAUGGCA